GAGACGAGAGGAAGAGAGAGAAGAAGAAGGAGAGGACUGCGUGAGAUCUCCUAGCGGGCGAGAGUAGUGCGCCUAGCGAUUUGUUGAGCUUGCCAGGUGUAGAGGAGAAGAGAGGAAGAGAGAAGAAGACGGAGAGGACUGCGUGACAUCUCGUAGCGGGUGUUGCUACCGCGCCACGAGAGGAGUCGAUCGUGUGGUGAUCGCUGAGGUUUCUUUCUCUUGCAGUUUUUUUGUUUCAGAGACAGAGGAACACCCGGGAGGAAGCAAGACGAAGACUACGCCGCUCCAGGCCUGGAGGAUGACUAUGGCGGAACGCGCAACAGCGGCGGUGCGGAGAAUGGCGGCGUCGCUGCUCAUCGCGGCUGCGCUUCUGGGAGCAUGCGUAUGUGCGCAAGAUGUUCCGCCCGAAGCCCGCAUCGAAUCCUUCACGUACAAUGGCGCAGGCUGUCGCCAGGGUACCGCUGUGGGAGAUAUCAGCGUGGACGGACAGGCGCUGACGAUAAAGUUCAGCGAGUUCGGCGUCUCUACAGACGAGCAGCUCGUUGGUAAACGCAAGUUCUGCCAGCUCAGCAUCAAGGUUAAUAGUCCGGCUGGCUGGAAGUACCGCUUGGACACAGUCACGCUCCUGGGCUACGCAAGACUCGAUGCUAACGUCAAAAGCGUGCACAAGGUGACAUGUUACCUCACGGGGACGCCGGGAAUGAGUUCGUUCUUUGUCGAGAAGGAAGGGCCGCUGGACGACAACUACGAAUAUUCGGGUGCCUUCGACAAUGAGACUUACAGCGUGUGCGGCCCAGGCGGAAACCUCAAUUUGAAGAUGGAGGUUCGGAUCAACAAUGACGCCGAUCCUGCCGCAGAAGGAGUGAUCGACGUGGAUACGGCGGACUCUCAAGUUACUUUCGAACCCUCGCACGCGCUUUACGUGAUCAAAUUCACGCCGUGUUAGAGAGCUUGACGUCACGCGAGCCGAACGGGCGUUUGUCUCGAACAGAGGGGGAACAAAGCUCGUUGGCUUGU